AUGAAAAAAAGUCGUUUUUUGCUCCUUUCCAUUUUCUUUUGUUUUGUAACAAAUAUAAGCUUGGAGUUCAAAAGAAAACAAAAAGUAGAAAUUAAUUCCUUACAAACAAAUAAAAAUAAUGAUAACAUAAGAGAAGAAAAAAUUAAAGGUGAUGUGGAAUCACAACCUGAUGUUGAUGGGGAUACCUGCGUAAUUUUUUCUUCUUCAGAAGGAAACUCCAGAAACUGUUGGUGCCCUAGAGGAUACAUUUUGUGCAGCGAAGAAGACGUUUUAGAUGUACAAGGCAAACUGAACGAAAUUAAAAAUAAGCAUGAAAGAAGUCUAGUAACCCCUUUAUGGAUGAAGAGACUAUGUGACAAUUCAAAUGAUGUAGGUUUUAAAAGUAUGUCUGUUGUUAUAGAUUACGAAUUAGCAGUAUUAUGUAAAGACGGAAGUAAUAAAGAUUAUGCUGAUUUUGAAAUUAUUGGAGCAUCUGGAUAUAUUACAGGAGAAGAAAUGAUUGAAGAACAAAAAAGAAACCCUUGGUAUGUUCCACGUAAAUGUACUGUCAAUAAUUUUUACUUGUGUAGAAAAGUAGAAAAUGAUAAUGUCAAUUGUUCAUAUACUCCUUGGUCAGAUUGGAGUGCCUGUAAAAAUAAUACACAAAAAAGAUAUAGAAAAGUACGCCGAUCCAAUCAAAAUAAUGAAAAUUUUUGUUUGUGGAAUGACAAAAUUGUUCCCAGAAAUAUAAUGGAACAAACGCGUUCAUGUUAA